GAGCCAGAUAGCGGCGCGCGCUGGCACGCAUGCGCACACGCACUAGCCCGCGCGGGUGGGGAAGCCAACCCCACCCCUCCCCGGGGCGCGCGGCCCCCAGCACUCUCUCCGCUGGUCCGCCGGAGACCCCCGUGAGCGCGCGAGGUCAGGACGGGCGCGGCCUGGGCCGUUGGGCGGAGGCUGUCCGGGCGCCAUGUCAGCCCAGGGAGUGGCGGUCCUGCUGUCGUGGCUGAGCUGCUGCGGCUCGGCCGUGUGGAGGUAUUCCACUAACAGCCCGAACUACCACAUUUUUAGUACCAGAAGUACUAUUAAGUUAGAGUAUGAAGGAACACUAUUUUCUGAGUGGAGUGUGCCAGCAACUUGUUCUGUGAAAAAUAAAAGCUCACCCAAGACAGAACUGCGUUGUUCUUCUCCUGGUGUUCAGACUAUAAGACCAAUUGUCACGGGCCCAGAUUCAGAGGAAGAACGCAAUUUGUCUGUGGACAGUUCCCAUAUUUGUUUCCUGUGGUAUUAUAAAGUCAUAAAUUUCUUUCACAAUUUAACCCAGGUUGUUGUUAUAUGGAUAUAUGAUCCAGAAAAUGCAGACCCCAGUGAGUUGCUGUGGAAUGCAAAUGAACCUUCACUAAAUUCCAUAAUACUUACCAAGCAGUUGGCCACUUUGGGACAGAAGCCUGGCAUAUAUACAACUCUGAGGAGAAGAAUUUAUCUUCCAUAUGACAAAAUGAAGAAUGGGACCUGGCAUAUUUUGAUACCAAUGACAACAGAUGAUGUGCUAAAGGAGAUUAAAGGAAAUCAAGUGGCUUUUCAAGAUUGCUUUAUUGCAGAUUUUCUUUUCCUGCUGACCUUUCCUUUGUUGACAAUACCUGAGAUUCCUGGAUUUUUACCAAUCUCUUCACCACAUGGUAGUCAGUUAAUAGCAGCCUGGGCUGAUUGUGUUCCUUCAUCUGUUGUUGUGGUAGCCGAUAUGGAGACCUUUCAAACAAAUGAUUCAUUCCGUACUUGGACCAGAAUCAGAGUGCCUCCAAACAUUUUGACUGAGGAUGAAAGACACAGUGUGUCUGAUGUAAGCCUAUCACAGGAUGGAAUAUUUUUUCUAAUAAAUGGUAUUCUUUACAUAAAAAGUUUUACUGGGUUCAAAAGACUGGGAAUAAGUGAAAAUCUUCCUGCUAGUGGAAUUAUUGGCAUUACAACAAGAAAAUGGUGUUGGGUCAAAUAUUUAUUAAAGGCUAAAAGAAGAAGUAGCAUGGCAAUCUGGACAGAAAAUGAAGUUUAUCUCGGAUAUACUUUUCUUAAAUUUGUCAAAAUAAUAACUACUGAAAAACUGAAAAAUCUUCUAAAUAUAUCAUCAGCUGCUACACUGACUAUACACAAUGUCGAGUAUCCAGGACACCCUUUGGAACUUGCCUUAUUAUUAAAUUACUGCACUGCAUGUAACAUCAACAAAACAAUUUAUGUGGUAAUAUACAAUGAAGAUACAGAACAGUGGGUGUACCAAGACUUUGCAUUAGAUGUCUCUACGGACAGUUUUUUAACCCCACAUUUUAUAUACGCAGCACUGCCAGAUUUAAUACUGCGGGACAAACAUCGGAUCUACUAUUGUUAUCACAAUUUCACCGAGACUGGAGUUUUACAAACACCUACAGAAUUUGGAAAUCUAUCAAGAUUAUCACAUAACAGCAUUAUUCAUGAUAUUUUCAUAGAUUAUUAUGGAAAUGUUGUGGUAAAAAUGGAAAAUAACAUAAUGUUUUAUUUCAAGAUCAAUAUUAGAGCUGCAAUAAAACUACAUUUAUGGACAAAUAGCACAAUGAAGUCAUUAAUUUUAUUGAGUUCAUCUGCUCAAAUAUAUCUCAUAUAUGUUUUUGAAAAUGGCACAGUACAGCCACGGGAAUAUCCUUUAAAACUGGAAUCACAAAGUGUACAUUUCACUACAAAAGAAAAAUGCCCCUACAUGGCAUUUCAUAAUAAUAUUUUAAGUGUUUUUUACUUUUUGGACAAGGGACAGAACCUGUCCAUUUGGGCUCAAAUAGUCUAUCCAGAAAAUGUUGGUCUGUAUAUUGUUGUGGAAUCAUACGGCCCAAAUAUAUUACAAGAGAAAGAACAGGUUCACUAUGAAAUCGCCCUAGGAUACUGCACUAAAACCACGACAGUAACAUUUUUUCAGAAUAUAAAUUAUGAGGCAGUAGAUGACUACUUCAAGUUGCAAGACCAGAACACGGGCCUUCGGCUUGUGCAGGUUCGGCCUAGUGAAUAUGCAAGAGCAUGUCCAAUAGCCCAAAAGGUGUUCCAAAUAGCUGUUGGCUGUGAUUCUACUAAAUACAUUGCUGUUAAAGGAUUUAAUAAAAAAGACUGUCUUCAGCAUGAUUUCUUUUACGUUAUUGAAAAGUCAUACCUGAGGAAUCAACCAUCUAAAAACUUGAGAGUAAAAUAUAAUUGGAAAAAAUAUGGCUGCCCAUUGAGACUUGAUUUCGGAGAAAAGUUUCACCCUUUGGUUCAAUUAUACAAUGACAAUGGCUACGUGGAAGACGUGGAAGUAAAUUUCAUUGUGUGGGAAAUACACGGCAGGAAGGACUACAGCUUUAAUAAUACCAUGAAGAAGAGUGGUUGUUUAAAUGAAGCCCAGACGUGGAAGUCAAUGACUAAGCUUAACCAGCACCUCCCACUAGAAGAAGCCUGGGGACCUGAAAACUAUAAGCACUGUUUCUCUUAUGCUAUUGGAAAACCAGGAGAUUUAAAUCAACCAUAUGAGAUAAUCAACAAGUCUAACUAUAACCAUUUAACUUGGCCUGAGGACCAUUCUGGAAUGUAUGUGUUUCGUGUGAAGAUCCUGGAUCCAAACUAUAGUUUCUGUAACCUAACAGCUAUAUUUGCAAUAGAGACCUUUGGAAUGAUUCCCAGUCCAAGUGGCUACCUGGUUGCUGCCUUCCUAUUUGUCCUGAUGCUACUGUUCUUCAGUAUUCUAGUUUUGAGCUAUUUCCAUUAUAUGAGGAUUUAUAAACAAUAUCUUUAUGAACCAAUUAACAGAUAUGAUAGAAAACAAAAGAAUAAUUAGGAAAAAUGAAAGUUUCUUUAGUAUUGAGAUAUAUAUAUGUAGAGAGUGUAUAUAUAUAUACUUACAAGUGUGUGUGUGACCAAGAAAUACUAAGGAUAAGCACAUAGUAUGUAUCAACAAAUUCAAGCUCUAAAAAUGUUCUUAAAUUACCCAAGACAAAUAUUCUCAUAUCUAUUGUGUGUUAUAAAAUUAAUUUUAAGAUAUUUGCCCUUACCUUAAGGUACUCUAUAUACUCUUAUAUGGCUUCUUUAAAAAUUAAAAUAAAAGAAAACUAAAUUUGCCUAUUAGUAUCAUUCUUAAGAAUGAAAGUAAAUUUUUGAAAGUGUAUAAAUAUGUCAAAUAUUUUUUUAGCAUGGGGGAGGGGCAAAGGGAGAAGGACGGGGAGGAAGCAGACUCCUCACUGAGUGCAGAGCCUAACUGAGAGUGGAGACUAACUCAGGGCUAAAUCUCACGACCUGUUCGUGCCCUGAGCCGAAAUCAAGAGUUGGACACUUAACCGAAUGAGCCACGCAGGCGCCCCUCAAAUAUUAUUUUGCAUGAAAUUUUUCAUAUGAAAUCUUAUAUAGCUGUAGUUAAUUUAUGUAUAAAAGGCUUAAUGUGUCCUAAAAAAAAUCUGUCUUAAAUGUAUUUCAGAAGUUCUUCCAGUGGUAGAUUCACACAUGAAACGUACAACUUAUUAUAUUGAAAAUGAGAAGCUGAUGCUCUAAACUUUGAAGUUUUAGAAUAUGAUUUCCAUGUUCAACAUAAGCUUCUUAAUUUAUCUAAAUGUUACCACAGCUUUCAAACAAUUAGUAUUUGUAACAGUCAGAGUUCAACUAGAGAAGCAGAACUUGUGAGAGGUGUGUGUGCAUAUGUGUGUGUGUGUGUGUGUGUAAAGAGAUUUAUUUAAAAGAACCGGCUUAUGUGAUUGCGGAGGCUAGCUAAACAAGUCUGAAAUCUAUAGCACAAACAUCAAGAACAGAAGAUCACAAAAAAUAGAAGAGCAAUAUGGAACUCCAUGGGCACAGAUCAAAGCGUUGUCCAUAAUUAGAAUUUCUUAUUUUACUGAAAUCAAGAGCAAGACAGGGAUACCUGCUAUUCAUUACUCUUUUGAAGGUUCUGACAUUACAAGAGGAAAAUAAAAUGAAAUGACCAUUGUAAAUACUGGGGGAAAGGAGAUAAAAAUCCUCUUUUUCAAUAAUAGGAUAAUAUGCCUAGGAAACCUAAAAUUACUAGAAAAUUUUAAAAUUACUAACAAGAAUUACUAGAUGAAGAUAACUUGAUAGCUCAAUAUGAGAUAAAUAUUUAAAAAUUAAUACCUUUUCUAGGUGUCUGCUUUCCACUCAGGUCAUGAUCUCAGGAUCCUGGAUCAAGCCAAAUGGACUCCCUGAUCAGCAGGAAGUCUACUUCUCCCUCUCCCUCUGCCCCUCCCCCCAGCUCGUGUGCUCUCUCUCUAUCAAAUAAAUAAUAAAUAAAAUACCUAUUCUCUAUAAUGUUCUAUAACAGCAAUAGAAAAAAUAAAAAGUAAUCUAUUCGUUGUAAUGACUAAUUAUAUAUAAUUAAAUUUAAUAUAAAAGGUUUUAGACAUACAUGAAAAAAUCAUUAAAAUCUUUAUUGAGGGAGAUAAGACAAAAUCUGAUAAAAAUAUUUAA